CAAGCUGAGGAGAGUGAUAAUUCGAAAGAGAGGAGAAGAGGAGAGGCAUAUACAUUUGUUUCGGAAGAGAUCGAUCGGGAAAUCAAGAUGUGCAUGGACAAGUCUGCCGUGCCGGCGAAGAAGAUAUGGCUCGCAAUCGCCGCCCGCGUCGGUCUCCGCCCAUCAGCUGGACUGAGGAACUUGAGGAAGGAGGUGAGGACGUGCGAGUACCGCGACGUGCACGUCAUGUGGGAGAUGCUCAGGGAGAUGGGCUCCCCGGCGGCACCCCUGGAGGAGAAGGAGGCCGCCGCCGCCGCGGCCGUCGCGGCUGCCGCCGGCGCCAGGAAGAAGAAGGCGGCGUGGAGGCGGUUCACCUACUACUGCUGCGCGUUCUGA